AUAAGUUUGAACAAAACACACAAUUUCUUCUCCGUUACGAGAACAAAAAUGGCUACGCUUGUAGUACCGCAACCGGUCCCUUCGGAGGCUGAAGACUGUGAGAAGCUUCAUAAAUCUAUGCAAGGAUGGGGAACAGAUGAGAAUACUAUUAUAAACAUAUUGACUCAUAGGAAUGGUAAGCAACGUUGUUUGAUUCAACAAACUUAUGCUGAGAAAUAUGGAGUGGAGUUAUCCAAAGCUCUAGAAGACGAACUUUCUGGGGACUUUCUGAGGGCAAUGCUUCUGUGGACACCGCAUCCUGCUGAACGUGAUGCAUGGCUAGCUAAUGAAGCGCUAAUCUUGAAGGAUAACUCCGGCCAUCGUCAUUAUGUAAUAAUGGAAAUCGCUUGUACAAGAACAUCCCGAGGUCUUUUCGAGGUGAGAGAAGAUUACCAUGCCCGCUACAAGAGAUCUCUCGAAGGAGAUGUUGCUUUUCACACAACUGGAGACUUCCGCAAGCUGUUGGUACCUCUUGUGAGUGCUUACAGGUACGAGGGAGCUGAGGUAGAUAUGACAUUGGUAAACCCAGAGGCUACCAUACUUCAUGAGAAAAUCUCUGAGAAGGCUUAUAAUCAUGAGGAGAUCAUCAGAAUUCUAACUACAAGGAGCAAGGCACAACUGAAUGCAACACUCCAACACUAUAACGACCAAUUUGGCCAUCCUAUUAACAAGGACCUGAAGAAAAACCCAAAGGAUGAAUACCUUAGGUUAUUACGAGCCAGCAUAAAAUGCUUGACGUGUUCUGAAAAGUACUUUGAGAAGGCUCUGCGACUGUCAAUGAAAGGCCUUGGAACCACGGAGGAGAUUCUGACGAGAGUUAUAGUGACUCGAGCAGAGGUCGACAUGAAGAAGAUAAUGGAACAGUACCAGCUCAAGAAUGGUGUCUCUUUGGCUCAGGAUAUUAAGGGUGAUACUUCUGGUGACUAUUUGGCCACCUUGCUUUCCUUGAUUGAUCAUCAUGCAUGAUACAGAUGCCAACCAUUGACCGCUUAACUUGCAUGCAUACUUGAAUUCUGC